UGCCGCUGUGUCAACCCAUCACCUAAUAUCGAGUUCGAACUGGGGGCGUUCUAUGUGUUCUUUCAAGAACUCGGGCUCAACGAGAAAGAGACGGAAUCUCUCAUGAAUGGACCGGAUUUGAGGCUGAAAUCUAUCCGAUCGUUGCGGGCUCGUGCCGCCUCUUUGAAGUCUGUGGGAAUCGGUGGCCUUGAGCUCUGCCAUUUGGUUGCGAAAUGCACUUCUGUGUUGGCAGCAGAUGAAAUUGAUUCCUUUAUACUCUUCGUCCGCGACAACUUAGAUGGAAAGGUUGACCCGGCACAGCUCAAGCAUCUGUUCUUUAUGUCAACAGAGCCGCGGUCCUUAAUAGGAUUCGAUGAAAAGGUUAAUUUGCUGAUUGACGGUGGGAUUCCUAGAGAAAAGAUCGUUCAUGUUCUCAACAAUGUGAAUUUGACGAAGGCUUUGUGCUUUAGGCCGUUUGAAGAAAUUGAAAGGCUCGUUCAUUUCUUGAGCCGCUAUGGUGGGGUUGAGGUGAUUGUGAGGCAUCCCCCCAUUCUUAACUUUGAUAUGGAUGGCCAGUUGAUUCCGAGAGUGGAGUUUCUCCUAGAACUUAGCGGAGGAGACGAGGACGCCACCGGGGCAGUGUUGCUCAAACUGCCUACCUUUUUGAAAUACCGCGUGGAACACGUGGAAAGCCAUGUAGAGUUGUUGAGGUCAUUUGCGGGAUUAGAUGAUCAAGAAAUAUUCAGGAUCAUUCUCGUGUUUCCUAACAUUGUUAGUGCAAGUAGGGAGAGGAAAUUGCGUCCCAGAAUUCGUUUUCUCAAAGAAUGUGGACUGGACUCUAGUGAGAUUUUCAAGUUCUUGACAAAAGCCCCUUUGUUUUUGGGUCUAUCUUUUGAGGGGAACAGUGUCUAUAAGCUUGGUUUUUUGGUGAAAAUUGGUCACAAGUACAGAACCAAGGAAUUUGCUGUUGCAAUAGGCGCUGUGACUAGGACAAGUUGUGAGAAUAUGCAGAAGGUGAUUGAGCUCUUCUUGAGUUACGGGUUUUCCUGUGAAGACGUGCUUCUCAUGAGUAAGAAGCAUCCUCAGAUACUUCAAUAUAAUCCUGAUUCUCUGGAGGAGAAAGUGGAAUAUUUGGUAGGGGAGAUGGGACGCGACCUUGAGGAGCUAUUGGAUUUCCCUGCAUUCCUGGGUUAUAAACUGGAUAGGAGAAUUAAGCAUAGAUAUGAGGUGAAGAAGAAGAUUAUAGGUGAAGGAAUGUCGAUCAACAAGCUGCUGAGUGUUUCUUUCGAGAGAUUUGGAAAGAAGAAGCUAAAAGAGCUGGUGCACAAAGCCCAAAAAUUGUAGGAUUGCUAAAUUUCAUCCGCAGAAGUUCAUGGCCAAAUUGAUGGAAAUUGUGCUGAGUUUCUCAAAGCUUUAUGAAUUCAAGGUUUUUGCUUUUUCAAUCA